AGGAAACCCCUGGACGGACAACACCAACAUCAUCAGUGGAACUGAGCAGCUGGGUCCAGCUCUUUGAUUGGAAUUUCUAUUUCUGCCUACUUCUAAGACACCGUUUCUAAGAUCUCAACCGUUCUACCCAUUUUCCGGCUAUUCUACAGUACUACGGCUUGAUGUCAAAAUGCCCUACAUAUUUGUGAGCACGCAAAUAAGACUCGAGUGUGGUCCUACAAUAUGUGGUGAUGAGCAUUCUGAUCCAGAGCUAAUGAACUACCUCGGAGCUAAACUCGUCAAGCAGAUGGGAAAUAAUUUCAAGGAGUAUUGCACAGAGGAAAUACCACGAUUGGUCCUGAACAAACUAGAGAGGCGGGGCUACAGAGUGGUCAGCCAAUCAGGGGCCGGUCAGACAAUGAUUUGGACCUUACGUAAGCCGGACACAUCAGACAGUAACGCAAUGAAUGGACCAGGAAGUCUGGAAGAACAAAUUUAGAAAAUUAUGCAGAUUGUACUAGUACACCCAGGCCUGGAAUUACACAAGAGGCCAUGUACUCUGUUGCCCCAUGUCUUGGCCUUGGUGCCCCCCUUGACAAGAUUCCCAUAGACUUCAAAUGGAAAAUUUGCAAAAUGAAAAUGGUCUUGCCCUAUCAAAGAUGAAAUUCCAGCCUGUGCUUUGUCAAUGGGAGAAAGACAGUUCAAUUGAGUCUGCUGUUCAGGAUUAUGAUUCAGUGACUUUUGCAGUUAAUACAUAAAUGUGGGAAGUCCGUAUUAUUUGCAUAAAAUACCAGCAACAGAAAAAAGAGCAACUGAAGUCUUCAGCACAUAGUUGUACAAAGGCCACCAACAAGGCUGAAUAGGAAAUUGUUCUUUUUGUGUGAGAAAUUUCCCUUACUAUUCCAAUAAAAUGGCCUCUAUACAUGGAAUUGAAAAGGUCGUGGGUUUGAAUCCCACCCGAGUAAUAUACCUGUGAUUUUGUUCACAGAGCUUAGGAAAGUACUGAAUAUACAGUGCUAACAUACAUAGGUGUGUACGGGUAAAAACCAAAAUUAAUACAAUGAUGUUUAUAGAUACAAACAAGGGAACACAAUUUAACACUGUUUGGCUUUGUGUCUGUGUUUAUGUGUCGGUAUAGAAUUAGCAUAAUAGUCUGUGUGAAUAAGUAUCAAUCUGUGUGUGUAGAAUACUUCUUGAAGUCUGUUUUACAAAAUGGUCUUCGCUUUCUGACAAAUAUCCAAAAUGACACAAUCAUGAUCUUGAGUUAAAAUGCCUGAAAACUAAAUAAUGUGAAGUAAUUUGUCUCCUGACAAUGACCAGAGCUAACUAGUCGAAACAUUGAGACCAAUUUAUGAACUCACUUCGCGGUGGUGCAGUUCAUUACGAUCCUUUAAGCUAAAGUUGCAAGGGUCGUGGGUUCGAAUCCCACCCGAGUAACAUGCCUGUGAUAGUUUUUCACAGGACUCG